AUGAAGAACACGGAAUUCAUCAUAAAUAAUAAAGAGAUCAUCUCUUCUAAAAAUCCUAUUAAUAAAAGGCGGUUAUUAUUCAAAAUCGAUUUAUUUGUAUUAUCAUUUGUUUGUUUACAAUAUUGGAUCAAUUAUGUUGAUCGUGUUGGAUUUAAUAAUGCUUAUGUUUCUGGUAUGAAACAGGAUUUAAAUAUGACUGGUGAUGACCUAAACAUCACAGCAACGUGCUUUACAAUAGGUUACAUCAUAGGUAUGAUCCCUCAUAAUCUUAUAUUGUUGGUGAUUCCUCCCAGAGUUUGGUUAAGUUUUUGCACUUUGUCAUGGGGAUUGUUAACCUUAGCUAUGCAUAAAGUUACUUCUGUCAAUCAAUGUUGUGUAAUCAGAUUCUUUCAAGCAAUUUUUGAAAGUUGUACAUUUUCUGGCACCCAUUUAAUUUUGGGGAUGUGGUAUAAAGAAAAUGAAUUACCUAUUAGAAGUGCAAUCUUCACUAGUAGUGGGCUCAUUGGGUCUAUGUUUAGUGGAUUCAUGCAAGUUGGUAUACAUAGCCGUCUUAAUGGCAGAAAUGGUUUAGCAGGGUGGAGAUGGUUGUUUAUUAUUGAUUGUUGUAUCACUGUGCCAAUUGCAAUAUAUGGAUUUUUAUUUUUCCCUGGUGUUCCAGAAGCUACAGAAAAUAAGAAUAAGUUUUCUAUGUGCCAUUAUAUUUUCAAUGAGGAAGAGUUACAUUAUGCAAGAAGAAGAUUGCCAGUUCGAGAUGAAUCUACUAAGUUAGAUUGGUCGGUUAUUGCAAGAGUGGUAAAACGUUGGCAUUGGUGGUUAUUUUCGUUGGUAUGGAUCCUUGGUGGUGAAAAUAUCAGUUUUGCAUCCAAUGCUACUUUUGCUCUAUGGCUACAGCACCAAGGCUAUUCUCUAUCUCACCGAAAUAAUGAUCCUUCAGGUAUCUAUGCCGUAGGUGUAGUAUCCACAAUAUUAUCUGCUAUAUACUUAAGCAAAAUUAAAAGAGCAAGACAUUGGCAUAUAGGUGUCAUUAUCGCAAUUAUUAUGUGUGUGGUAGCUAUUAUGAUUAGAAUUGCUCCACUGUCACCUGGAGUUAUGUUUACAGCACAAUAUCUUGGUGGUGUUUCAUAUGCAGGCCAAGCAGUCUUCUUUCCCUGGGCUAACAUCGUUUGUCAUGAUGAUAUUCAAGAACGUGCUGUUGUAUUAGCUUCUAUGAACAUGUUUUCAGGUGCUGUCAAUGCCUGGUGGUCAUUACUUUUUUACGCUGCGUCUAUGGUUCCCCAGUUUGAAAGGGGUUGUUACGCUUUAAUUGCAACUGCAACAUGUAGUGGAAUUGUAUCUGUAAUUAUCAGAAACUUGCAAAUAAAAGAAAAUAAUAAGACGAAACAACUUGCAUAUAUAGAUGCUAAUGAUAUAUUACAAGAAGACGAGGAGGAAGAUGACAGUGAUAUUGCAGAGGGAAACGAUUUUGAAAAUACAGUCUUUGGAGAAGAAAAUAUUUUUGCUGGUCAGUCUCGCGACAUCACAAAUAUGGAAUUUUCAAUUAAUGAAGUAUCCAGUAUGAAAUCAAGGCAUUAUCACCAAAGUAAUAUUAGAGAAUAA